UUGUCAAGACAAGUAGUAGCAUUGAAUGUAAUAGAAAUUUYCUAACUAUAAAAAGAAAAAAACAAUGUCUGAGCAAAAAGAAGUGGAGGUCGAACCUCCAAUGCACAUUCAGCGACCGUCCUCUGCCCGCUCUCAAGACGUUUCGCAUAUUUUAGCUGGGGUUUUUCGCGAUGUCUUCACUCGGGAUACUGUUGGUAAGCAGUUAGUCAAACACUUAGCGACUUCACGUAGUGGAGAAGAAGGAUACCACGAUAAAUACGUCAAACAACUUCAUCAGAUUCAAGAAGAAUGCGCGAAGCGUCAUAGAGAAGCAGACAUGUUAGAGGCACACAUAAUGCAGGCCCAGGCUGCAGCGAUGGCUGCUGAUGAAAGAGACUUGCAAAAUACCCUUAGUGAAUGUGAGAAAUAUCAAAAUCUUGGACUUCCUCCUGGUCAUUCAAACUUAAGAAACUGCCUUGAUGCACAGUUACUUCGAAAGUUCAAUCUAAUAGUACCAGAAGACUUUAUAUCUAAUGGAGCCAAGUCUACCAGUCCACCUAAAGCUGAUGAUGUUCCAAGUUAUGCAAGAUGUACAACCUCAUCUCAGCAGCGWUAYCGUAAAACACCACCCCUGACRGACUAUAGAGAUGAUAUGACGUCGUCUCUAGGGUAUACUGCUACUAGUGUGACAUAUGAAAGACGGCCCAUAGACAGUCCAGCUCUUCCUAUUGAAAGUGGUGCAACGAGAAGUUUCAAAAGCAAGACAAAGUCUACAGAUAGUAAAACAAUGUCAUGGAGGGAGUCUAUGAAGCCAAGCCAGAGACAAAUUGAAAGAGAAGACUUGCAAAGAUUGAAAAGCAAGUCAGAGUACAAGAGAAAUCCAAGGUUUGUGCCGCCAUUGACUGCAGACCUCAUCCAGACCAAGUCAAGAAAUGCUAGUAAACCYAAACCUUUGGAAACAGAUAAAGAAAGUUCCAUAACAGCAGUACCAGUUUUUGUUGCAACUCCAAACCCUUUGGUUUUCACAGACUACAAGGCUGGAGAAGUAUAUGAGCUUUCAAUUGAACUCAAAAAUGUAACUUCRUCAAGCCGCCAAGUCAGRGUUGUCCCUCCAUCAACCCAGUAUUUCUCAGUAGGACUGGGUCGCUUUCCUAGYGAGAAUGGUGUKGUUGCUCCUGGUAUGAGCUGUGUUUAUAACAUCAGAUUUUCUCCUGAUUCUUUGGCUGAUUAUGAUGAUAUUAUUAAGAUCAAGACCCAAGUUGAACCUUCCAUGGAAAUCCCACUACAGGGCAGGAGAACUCCACCUCAGCUGUCAUUAACAAGUAUCUUGAGUUGUGGUCAUACUCUUGUUGGUGGUACCAAAGUGGUUCACUUCACSUGUACUAACAGGGGAGGUGAUGGGCAGUUUUGUGUCAUGAGAAAAGAUACCUGGCCAACAAGUGAAUUUAAGUGGAGUUUAGAUGACCCAGGGGAUGUUAUCAUGUCACCAUUUACAUUCAAACCUGCUAUGUUUGAGCUCAAAAAUGGACAGACUAUCGAUCUUGAGGUUACGUUCAGCCCUACUGGUGCCAAGUUCUUCACGCAAGAAAUGGUCAUGGUGUGCGAUAAUUGUCACGUUAAAGCCUUCACUUUAGAAGGUACUGGACAAAUGGCGGGUAUUCAGUUUAUUUCAGUAAGCGGUGGUGUUAGUGAUUAUGACAUUGGUGAACUUAAAGACGCCUCGUCACAGUUCUUGGUUCGAUUUGAUGACCAAAAUCCCAAUACUUAUGGAAAUAAAGAGCUUACCAUUAAAAACACAACGAAUGUUGCGUUGCCGUUUCGAUGGAAGAUUUUUAAGCCAUUUUUUCGAGCCCGCGAAUCAGAUGUYCAACUGCAGGCUCCUUUCCGUGUUCARCGCAUGGCRGAUGAAGAUGGCGUAUUUAGUAUUACUCCAAAUAUGGGCACGCUUCCUCCUCAUCAAGUUGUUCAUUUUACCUUGGAGCAUGCGCCUAAGAAGAUUGGCGGCUUUCACUGUGUUGGACAUCUUGUACUUGAAGAGAUACCAGUCCAUGACAAAACCACUUCAAUAUCACGUGAUGUAACAGCAAUAGAGGUCGAAAUCAAAGCUAACAGCAAGCCAUUUACAGUUCAAGUAAGUCCACCUUCCCUGUGUAUCCCAGGAAAACUUGCGCUGGGUACGACCUACCACUAUACGGUCAAGGUCCAAAACCACAGCGUCUCCAGCGCUGCAAUAGCAUGGCAGAACAUCACUUCAGAAGAUUGCCAUAUACAAAUUGAGCCGGCGACUUACUCCAUUGCGCCAAAUGACGAAAAAGAACUUACAGUGACUCUGAUUGGCUACGUACCUGGCACAGUGGAGAAGACUUUGUUUUGUCACCUGGAGCAUUCAGCUGCACCUAUAUACUUACACAUCAAGGCUUCCUUUGAGGGUCCGGAAGUCACAAUAGAUGCCAUGGAUCUUAAUUUUGGUUUGGUACGUCUGGGAGAGAGCACCAGCCAACAAUUGUCGAUAACCAAUCGAUCUAACAUCGCAACAGACUGGAGCAUCGGAGAAAGUACUUGUCUACUUAAUGGGGGUGUGGAAGACCAAAAAAGUGAGUUUGUGUUUAUCCCAGACUCUGGUUCUCUCAGUCCUGGACAAAGUACCAUGGUAACUGUGACGUUUAAUCCUGCUGUUUGUCGACGAGUGAGAACAGUUUUYCAGUGUCAAGUCAAGAACGGGAAAACUAGUUACCUGUCAGUUUUCUCAGAGGUUCAAACGCCUCUAGCUUGUCUGCUGUCAUCGUGUUUGUACAUAGAAGAUGUGUUCUUAGCUGUACCAGUAUCAAGAACGAUCACAUUACAGAACCAAACUCUCCUGGUUACGAAAUUCAAAUGGAGUCAGAUUAUCGAUGAUAAAGAAAGUGACUAUACCGUGACGUUUGAACCAUCGUGUGGUGAAUUACAGCCAAGACAAGCUUUACCAGUACAAGUGACUUUUACUGGACACAAGAAGGGACCCAUUGAUGGUCUGGUGGUAUCAUGUCACGUGACCGACAUGGAAAAGCCUGUUUGGUUGGCUAUCAGUGCCGACGUCAGAGGCCUCAAUGUCACGUUUGAAAUGCCUAAACAGUUGGACAACCAAACGCCCGACGAGAUCAAAAAAGCAGACUUAAGUAGUCUGGAACUGUUGGAUUUUGGUCAAGUUGGUCUUGGUAGCAUGGCUACUACUACCCUAGUGAUGACCAAUACAACAGCGAUACGUGCUUCAUAUAGUAUUCAUGUACAACACUUUACUGCUGCUAAACCACCCACACCACCUGAUGGUCAGCCUGUUAAACGAGAUGGACGUAGACCUCAAAGUCUGUUAACUCGAACUCCAAACAUCGCAAACCCUCUCAGUAAAACAGCAUCCAAAGCCCACUCAGACCAUGUGUCGGCAACACUGCGCAAUGGCCGGGGUGCAGCGUUCGUAGCCACACCCUCAUGUGGGGAACUUCUUCCCUAUGGGUACCAGGUCGUACAGGUGACAGCUUACAAUGACAUGUGGGGMGAUUAUAGGGACUUACUGGUCUGUUUGGUGGAGGGUCUWGAUCCUGUCUACAUCCCCAUACAAAUGAGUGUGGAAGGUUGUCCUUUGAAUUUCCAAAUGACCAARGACCAAUCGCCUAUACUAAGGUUUGGUACACACAUAUCAGGCGCCAUGCCUGUGACAAGAUCUCUUAGAGUCAACAACAUCAGUCCAUUUGAUAUACGCCUUGACUGGAGUACAUACAACAUCGAAGAGAACGACAAUCAGUUACUAGAUAUGAUAGUUUCAUAUGGCCAAGCUCUACCUCUGUUUGAUAGUAAAGGACAAGAACUACCCCCACCCCCUGCGGUAUGCGAUUUGCCGUGUUUCUCACCACCAUUGAUACAAGUGAAAUUACGUGAACACGAAGGCAUUCGCUCCAAUAAACCUUUUGAAAUCAAGCCGAGCCAACAGAUUAUUCCAGCCAAAGGUCAUACCAACAUGUCUGUUACCUUUACACCGUUUACUACUAGAAAUACUGGUCACACCUGUACAGCUUUUGCUUCAGCAUACAUGAGCCUGGAUGGAUCGGAUAUCGAUAUACCAGGUCGUGUAGAACGACGUCAAGGAAUGAAUAUGACACGAUUUCGACUUGAUGUGACRGCCAACAUCAACCCAGCAUUGCUGUCUAUUGAAAUGGAUGAAGACGAGGGYUGUCAUUUUUCGACUGCUGCCAGUGACUUACUGACUGAAAAUGCUGUGAAAAUCCAUCGAUUCAUACUGGCYAACACCACGGAAACACCGCUGUCCUUGARUAUGRUGGUCGAYUCUCCCUUCAARAUCAUCUCGACUGAGCCCCCUCCGUCAGCUAAGUCUACUCGGUCCCAGGCCAAUGGCUUAACGACGGUCAAACCUGGCAAAAAUAUCGAGGUUAAAGUUGGUUUCGAUUUGACUGAGCAACUUUUAUCUCGAGUAAACGAAUUACCUGUUGAUGAAGAGAUGGAUGGAUGCCUCCUUACUGUCACUGAAACUGGACAAAGAACAAUUACUUUUAAGAAGGAUCUCGUCGUUGAAUUCUCGAACAAAUCAAAGCAGGUGCUGCCUCUGACUGGUUCUAUCGCGGUACCAACAUUGCGUCUAUCCAAGAAAGAACUUGACUUUGGUAUGUGUCUUGUGGGACAGGAGCAAGAGUUACAGAUCAUCUUGACAAAYCCCUCGGAGUCCAUUUCAGCCUGGAUGGCUGAAAAAGACGGCAGGUGCCCCGAGGUCAGUCGGGAUGCCUUCUCUGUGUAUCCUGCUGAAGGACGUCUCGAAGCAUACGUUAAUCACGUGGCUAAGAAUAAAGCUUUGAUCAAAAUAACAUUUACCGCCAGGCACAAUGUCGAGUACGAAUGCAUCAUUUUAUUCAAAGGACAGCUACAAGAAGAAGUACAGCAGUUGGUUGUCAAAGGUCGAGGAUCCUACGAUGGUCGAUAUGAAAACCUUGUGAAUGUCAUUACCGAGUUUUAGAUGUUAGGCUGUUAGUGUAGGUAUUUAGUCACUUGUAUAUAUGUAUUAAAGAAAUGUAUAUUAAAUUUUAGCGCUGAUUUUGAUAA